CUUUGAGAGUAACAUCAUGGCGGCGUCCACUCGUAGCGUGCGGUGCGCCUUGCGGAAAGCUAUGGUCCCGUCUUUGGUUGUAAUUUUGGGAGCUACCGGCACUGGCAAGUCCAAACUGGCGAUCGAGAUCGGAAAACAGCUUCAGGGAGAAAUAAUCAGCGCUGAUUCUAUGCAGGUGUACCACGGUCUAGACGUCAUCACCAAUAAAGUGACAGCUGAGGAGCGCGCCCAGUGCAGACAUCACAUGAUCAGCUUCGUGGACCCUUUAGUUAGUGGCUACACCGUCGUGGACUUCAGGAACAAAGCCCUGCCUCUGAUAGAGGACAUGCACAGUAGGAACACACUACCGAUCGUUGUAGGAGGAACAAACUACUACAUAGAGUCACUGCUGUGGAAAGUCCUGCUGAGCUCAGGGGAGAACGAGGACUCCGGUGAUGGCGGAGAUGCAAAUCCCAACAGGAAGCUGGAGCUAGAGAAACUGGGAGGAGCUGAGCUACAUAAACGACUGAUGGAGGUAGACCCCAAAAUGGCCGCCAUGUUGCACCCCAAUGACAAACGCAAGAUUGCCAGGAGUCUGCAGAUCCAUGAGGAGACGGGUGUCCCCCAUAGUGUCUGGCUGGAAGAGCAGAGGGGUCAGGAGGGGGGUGAUGGGCUGGGGGGGCCUCUGAGGUACCCAGACCCUUGUAUCUUCUGGCUGCAUGCUGACAUGGACGCUUUAGACAAGCGGUUGGACGCCCGUGUAGAUGACAUGCUGUCUGCAGGACUGAUAGAGGAGCUGAAAGACUUCCACGUCCGCUACAAUCAGAAGAAAGUACAGGAUGACAGUCAGGACUAUCAACAUGGGAUUUUCCAGUCGAUUGGUUUCAAGGAGUUUCAUGACUACCUGACUGCUCCUGAAGGCAGCACCCAGCAGGAAAAAGACACACUACGCAACAAAGGUAUUGAAGCUUUGAAGAUUGCGACAAGGCGCUACGCCCGCAAACAGAAUAAAUGGGUCCGGAACCGCUUUCUUCGACGACCAGGUGACGGUGUGCCGCCCGUGUAUGGCCUGGAUGUGACGGAUGUGUCGAGGUGGGAGGAGACGGUGCUGACCCCUGCACUGCAGAUACUGGCCAGUCUCAGCAAGGGGGAGGAGUCAAUUAUUGCACCUAUCAGAGUACAGGGGGCGGAGCAGAGAAACAAGCGAACCAACCACACCUGUGAUCUGUGUGACAAAGUGAUUAUCGGUGACCUGGAGUGGACAGCUCACCUGAAGUCCAAGAAGCACCACUACCAUGUGAGAAAGAAGAUGAAGUCUGACCAAAGCAGUGAUGAGUCUCCUGCUUCUACAUGUGAGUUGGUGAGGUGCCUCUCAGAGGAGCCCUGUGCUCCGGUUGCCCCGGGCUGCAGUCAACCCUCUCAGGACUCUUCCCACAACACCAGGACAAUACACAAAGAAGUACCUGCAGCACUUUAGAGACACUGGAUUACGAACAUCAUCUUUCAACUUUCCACUGACUCUCUGCUCUAUAUCCUUAAAAAUCCUGAAUCAGUUUUACGGCUUCGAAUCGUCCCAUUGGGAGUUCUUACUCUGGCACCUUUCCAUUGAGCCAUAUGGAAUUACAGUACAUUUUCCCAACUCUUCAGAUACUUAAUUUCCAAAAAGCACUAACAUUUGUAAAGCAUGAAAGCCCCAUCAGGCCUUCAGGGGAAUAAAAGCCACCGGUCCUUGUUGAAUUUAGAUAACAAUACAGACGCUGCAAAAUAUUGAUAUGCCUUUUUCACACAAAGCUGUUCAUGGGUUCGGGUUAUGGAUCCGUGAAAUAGCAUUUUUUCUGCUCGAGAUAAGACAUUGAUGGCCUGGAUUGUUGAAGACUUGCAGUCAAAAGAUUUUAAAGAUUUUUUUUUAUUACCUGGAAACAGCAAGACAGGCAAUAUUAUUUUUCUAUUCUUGUAGAAUGUGCCUUAAAAAGUCGCAGUCUUUCAUUUUAUUGACAAGAAACUGGUGUAGUAUGUCAGCAUUUGGAUUUCUUUGUCUUUCUUUUUACUUGAAGGUGUAGCUAAUAUGUAAGAUGUUUAUGUUGGAGUCAUUUUUGUGCUUGAAGCUGGUUGUUUGUUGAUGUUAAUCAGUGCAUUAAGUUAAUGAGUGUACAUUGAUGACAACGGUCUUAGUGGUUUCUAUGUAGUCGAUUUAGGCUGUUUUUUCCAGUUCUUAUGUUCACUCUUCAGUUGCCAUACUUCACCAAAAUAAAAGCCAGCAUCUCUGACUGGAAGUUUGUACUUUUAAACAUCACGAAAGACUUGGAUCUCACUAAACUAAUAUAUGAAAUGUAAUUAAAUUAGGUUGUACAGAGAGCGUUGCAUCACUUGUUGCAGUUAGCAUUACUGGAGGGUGUGUUUAAGUCUGGUAAAGUAUGUAGUAUUUCAGAGAUGUGCAAACUUGGCUCCUCACAACUAGAUGAACAAGAAAAUGGGAGUGAUGAUUGACAGAGCAUGAGACGGUAUUAGGAGAUGGUACCAAUUCCGUGACAUAUUGUAAAAACAAAUAAACCUACCCAUGCCUUUGUAAAACACUUUGGGACCACUAUAAUGCCAAACACAGUUGAAAAACAUGACCAGAGUCACUUAGAUUUGAUUGUUUUUUACCUGCAAACACUUUGCAAUGUUUGUGACAUUGUGGAACUGGCUGAAGAUACAAACACAGAAAGGUCCACACCCCCACAAUGAAACCAACCAAUGAAAAAAUAAAAAUUACUGUCAGAGGGGAGGGUCUCUGCAGGUAAAUACACCACCUGCAGAGACCCUGCACCAUCGGCAUACAUCACAUAGAGGGUCAGAAUUGAUGAAUGAUAAUGGUUGUUAUUGGAUAAGCUUAUAUUUUGUUAAGGAAAAUGUUACAUACUUUGCCUUUAACCUGCAAUAGUUUGUGUGAUGUGUUUUCUUGCCACUGUUUAACUCUUGCUACUGUUUGCUUAGAAAUGAAGUUACCCAAUGCCAGUGUCAACAACUGACUUAUUCUUAGAACAAAACUGACUCCAACAUAAACUUUAUGUAGGCACAUGAGCUCAUGUGAACCUUAGAUAUUGAAGAUUUAAGCACCAUGCACUUCUAAAGUCAACCAGCUGAUUACAAAGAUAUUGAAUAAACCACAAAGACUUUUUUUUUCUUUCUUUGAAAUAAAUAAAAUCUCAAUUCUUAAACUUGGAUUUCAGAGCAAUACUUUUGCUUGUUAACAUCAUGUCGUUGGUACGUUUAUUCAUUAUAUUUACAUGCAUUUUACCUGCACAUAGUAGAGCUGGGUGAUAUGG